AUGGAGUCCCACUCGUGGGCUGGACUUCAAAGUAAAGCAAAUGAGAUUGAGCAGGGUCCCACAGGAAAACCAGGUCUGCCAGGAAUGCCUGGAGCUGAUGGCCCUCCUGGUCACCCAGGAAAGGAGGGGCCUUCUGGCACCAAAGGAAACCAGGGUCCAAACGGUCCUCAGGGAUCUAUCGGCUAUCCUGGUCCUCGUGGCGUCAAACACAACUCUAACAGUCAAGGUAUCCGUGGACUGAAGGGCCACAAGGGAGAGAAGGGAGAAGACGGUUUCCCUGGAAUAAAGGGAGAUUUCGGUUCAAAGGGAGAGAGGGGAGAGCUUGGAGUCUCAGGGCCCAGAGGAGAGGAUGGUCCAGAGGGGCCAAAGGGUCGUGUUGGACCCCCUGGUGAGCUCGGGCCACUUGGAUUGGUCGGAGAGAAGGGUAAACUUGGUGUGCCUGGACUUCCUGGAUAUCCUGGAAGACUAGGACCAAAGGGAUCUCUUGGAUUCCCAGGAUUCCCUGGGUCAAAUGGCGAGAAGGGAACAAGGGGUCUUAGCGGCAAAGCAGGGCCCAGAGGACAAAGAGGACCCACGGGCCCCAGAGGGCAGAGAGGACCGAGGGGCUCCACUGGGAAAUCAGGAGCAAAGGGAACAUCAGGAAGUGACGGCCCUUCUGGUCCACUUGGAGAGGAGGGUGGAAACCGUGGAUUGCCCGGGCCUCAGGGAGCCAACGGUUUCCCAGGACCAAAAGGACCUCCUGGACCCCCAGGAAAGGACGGGCUGCCUGGACACCCUGGGCAGAGAGGAGAAGUUGGUUUCCAAGGUAAAAUGGGUCCACCUGGGCCUCCUGGAGUUGUUGGACCUCAGGUAAGGGAUGAGCGUGGCCACCCUGGACCCCCAGGUCCACCUGGAGAGCAGGGACUUUCUGGUCCCUCAGGAAAGGAAGGUACCAAAGGAGACCCUGGACCCCCCGGAGGGCCUGGGAAAGAUGGGCCACCAGGACUGAGAGGCUUCCCUGGAGAGAGAGGACUUCCUGGAACCCCUGGAGGUGGAGGACUGAAGGGAAGUGAAGGACCUGCUGGACCCCCUGGACCUGCUGGAUCUCCUGGUGAGAGGGGUCUAGCUGGUACUGCUGGACCUGUUGGACCUCCUGGCAGACCAGGCCCUCAGGGGCCUCCUGGACCUUCUGGAGAGAAGGGAGUUCCUGGUGAAAAAGGCCCUAUUGGCCCAGCAGGUCGUGAUGGAGUGCAGGGUCCUGUGGGUCUGCCUGGCCCUGCUGGAUCACCUGGAGUACCAGGAGAGGACGGAGACAAGGGUGAAGUUGGAGAGCAUGGUCAGAAGGGCGCCAAGGGAGGUAAAGGAGAACAUGGUCCUCCUGGUCCACCCGGGCCAAUGGGUCCUGUUGGUCAGCCUGGACCUGCUGGUGCUGAUGGAGAGCUUGGAGCCAGGGGCCAGCAGGGACCUUUUGGAUCCAAAGGUGACGAAGGUACCAGAGGAUUCCCAGGAGCCCCAGGACCCAUCGGACUGCAGGGAUUGCCAGGAACUUCAGGUGAGAAGGGAGAGACUGGAGAUGUUGGACCCCUGGGUCCACCUGGACCUCCAGGCCCCCGUGGCCCUGCUGGACCCAACGGUGCUGACGGUCCUCAAGGUCCUCCUGGUGGUUUGGGUAACCCUGGCCCUCUUGGAGAGAAGGGAGAGCCCGGUGAGGGAGGACCACCUGGAAUUGGAGGAGAGCCAGGAAAGAAGGGUCCUCGUGGAGAGCGCGGAGAGAAGGGAGAAUCUGGACAACCUGGAACUGCUGGACCUGCUGGAGGCCGAGGACGACCUGGAGACGACGGACCCAAAGGAAAUCCUGGUCCUGUUGGUUUCCCAGGGGAUCCUGGUCCCCCUGGUGAGGUUGGACCCAGAGGCCAAGAUGGUGCAAAGGGAGAGAGAGGAGAAGAUGGCGAACAAGGAGAAUCUGGCUCCCCUGGACCCCCUGGUGAGAACGGCUCUACCGGCCCUCCAGGAAAGAGGGGUCCUGCUGGAACGAGAGGACCAGAGGGACGUCAGGGAGAGAAGGGAACCAAGGGAGAAACAGGUGCUGUUGGACCCCCAGGAAAAACUGGACCUGUUGGUCCCCAGGGUGUACCAGGAAAACCAGGAACAGAGGGUCUCCGAGGACUUCCAGGAUCAGUGGGUGAGCAAGGAUCUCCUGGACCUUCUGGACAGAAAGGACCACCUGGACCUCUCGGACCUCCUGGUUUGCCUGGCCUGCGUGGAGAACCCGGUUCCAAGGGAGAGAAAGGACACCCAGGUCUUAUCGGUCUCAUUGGCCCAGGAGAGCAGGGAGAGAAGGGAGACAGAGGUAUGCCUGGCCCUCAUGGAACCUCCGGACCAAAAGGAGAGUCUGGAAUGGCUGGAGGAACUGGACCCCUCGGCCCUGCUGGUCCUGCUGGUCUGCCAGGUCCUCAAGGUGUUAAAGGAGCCAAGGGUUCUUCUGGAGGAUCUGGUCCUAAGGGAGAAAAGGGAGUACAAGGACCUCCUGGACCUCCUGGCCCACCAGGUGAGGUCAUCCAGCCCCUGCCCAUCCAGAGGAGCCCCAAGUCCAAGCGCUCCAUCGACGCCAGCCAGCUGCUCCCAGAGAGCGACUCAGACAUGCCUGCAUCCGACGCCACUGGCACUGAGUUCCUGAUGGGCAGUGAAGGCAUGGAGGAGAUCUUUGGCUCUCUCAACUCACUGCGACAGGAGAUUGAGACCAUGCGAUUCCCACUGGGUACCCAGGACAGCCCUGCUCGCACCUGCCAAGACCUGCACCUCAGCCAGCCAGACCUCAAAGACGGAGAGUACUGGAUUGACCCCAACCAGGGCUGCUCCAGGGAUGCCUUCAAGGUUUUCUGUAAUUUCACUAAUGGAGCAGAGACAUGCCUGUAUCCCAGCAUCAAUACGGUAAAGAUGAGCUCCUGGGACAAAGAGACUCCAGGAUCCUGGUACAGUCAGUUCUCCACUGGCAGCAAGUUCUCCUAUGUGGACUCUAAUGGCGAGCCUGUGGGCGUGGUCCAGCUCGGCUUCCUGCGUCUCCUGAGCAUCCAGGCCCGCCAGAACCUCACCUACCACUGCCAUCGCUCGGUGGCCUGGGCCGACCGAAGCGCCAAGAACAGCUACAACAGAGCGCUGCACUUCCAGGGCGCCAACGAGGAGGAUCUGAGCUACGAGACCAACCCUUACAUCAAGGCCUUGGUGGACGGCUGCUCUUAUCGUAAGGGCUUCGAUAGGACAGUGCUGGAAAUCAACACGCCACAAGUGGAGCAUCUUCCUCUGCGGGAUAUUAAGGUGUCAGACUUUGGGGAGAGCAACCAGCAGUUUGGCUUUGAAGUGGGACCUGUCUGUUUCCAAGGCUAAAAACACACACAUCCUGAGCGGAACAACACUACAAACACUCACACACAUGCACUUAGAGACACAUUGAUAUAAAAACACAUACAUGCCCAGUAAUUUGUAAAUUAACUUGUAAAUGAUAUGAAAACACACACACAUACACACACUGAGAUACACAGAUGCGGUUGUGGGACAAACAAGCGCUCACACUCAAGUACGUGCCUGGGAAACUCAACAUCGUCCCAACCAAUAAUGGACGUCAAAAAUAAGUCAAGAGGAGAGAAAUAAAAACUCGCAGAGAGGAGAUCAUCGUUUGGGCGCACCACAGCAAGAAAGGAAGAAAGAAGCCAGGAGAGAGUGUUUCUGAAGAAUGAAACAGUGUUGUUUUACCAGCAGCCAAAGAGGCCGGCCUGAGACAGAGAACAAGCCGGCGACAUCUGAAGCCCCUUGUCUCCGAUCCCCCUCUCACUCCUCUCUCCUCCCCACGGUCUCCCCCUUUUUUUAUCCACUCAUCCCACUUGCUCUACCUCCUGCUUCCUCCUUCUAAAAAAAAAGGGUCACACUCGGACUUUAUCUGCAUUUCUUUAAUCUCACGUUCACACUGCGGGCAACAUGGUUGACAGUCACUCUUUUCAGACUGAAGAGCGGUGCAACAUAUGAGGCUGAAUGCAUCCGUACGGUUUGAAAAGUUAGUUUCGGUUCACAGCUUUGGUGUUAAAUGCUUCAGUCAAUUGAGAAUUGAAUGUUUUGAAUCAACUUUCUUCUCUAAGCCAGCACUCCCACUCAUGAACCUAAAAGAAACCUGCAGGCGCCAAACUUUGGAAGUAAAAUGACGGCCAGUGGUCAGUUCAAAUCUUCUUUACGGGCUCAGUCAUCUAGCUGUCUAUUUCUGUGACAUGUGUGUAAACACUCAGUGACUUGUCAAUCGUGUUGCUCACAUUGGAAACACUUUUUAACUCACAGCUCUUUUCUUAUUGUAUCAAAAGGAACCAAAGAAAUAAAGCCACCAGUUUCCUCCCAGAAUGAAGAGGGAACCAACCGAAGGAUGCCAUGCUUGUUAGAUUGAAGUUUUUCUUUUGUUACAGCGGCUUCUCUUUAUGAUUAUCUUUCAGUGUCAUUAAAAACACUCUAUAAAUGUGAUUCACAGCUCAUACUAAUGGUUGAAAAAUCUUUCUGGUGUGAUGCAGCAAGGAUUGUAGAGUCCAGUGAGAAGCAGGAGUUAUUCUUUGUUAGACCUGUUUCCUUUGAGAGCAGCAGAAACUCUCUUUGAAUUGUUGGUUUGUUACGCAGGACAAAACUUGCUGCGUGCAGUGAGGCAAAAUAAAGAUGUGUGGAAACCUUGGUCAGGGAAUUAAAUAGCCAUUGUUUUUGUAAGCUGUGCUACGCCUGAUGCUGUUGUACUUACAUGCUACUUGUGCCUUUUAAACGGCUGAUUGGUCUUUAAAUCAAGGAUCAGGCUAUGAGGGUCUCCAUCCCACACCAGUCUAGCAUUUACUGAGUCACUUUCUGGGUACUUUGAUUUUUUUUAAAUCCAAAACAUGUUUUCUGAUUAUCAGAACCUCGUCAGGGUUUAAAUAUGUACCUGGGAGCCCUCUCCCAUCUUUGUUCUCCUACAGCAGUGAAUUAAAUGCAUGCAGAAACUGUGUGGCAAGGUGCUAAUUAUACCAAAGUAUACAAGUUGUAGUAUUCACUUUCCACCCCUCCUUCACUCUCUUUAGUCUCUUUUAUAAUUUCAUGAAGCUUUUUUACUGGGGAAAAUGUGCAUUACAUUCCAUUUGUACAGAAAUAGUGAUAUUCUAUUGUAUUUAUUUAAAACAAACAGGGUGCUAUGAGAUAAAAAAAGACCACCAAAUAUUCACGUCAAAUGUGGUAUAUUUCAUUUGUAUUUAUUUCCUGUAGCUGACACUCAAGUGUUCAAGUGACUAGAGUGACUUACAUGUUCAACUAUCUUCCAGCUUGAGCUAAGGUGCUUCUGUUCACGCCCUGUCCAAACUCCUCCUGUAGAACCAAAGAAUCUGUGGCCAUAUUUGAUUGUAAUAUCCCUUUUUUUAGUGUUUUCAUCAACUGUACUGUGCUGUUCAAUUUUGCUUCCACUGUAAUGAUUAAAUGGUGACUCUCCA